CGCCUCUAAUUGCUCGCGCAGUGGAAAAUCUGGAACAAACACCACGAGCUAUUAAAAAAGUCAGAUAUUAUCAGUGCGCAAAAAGAGAGUUAAGGAGUGCGGAAAACCUAAAGAGUCCGCGUCAGAGACGUGCAAAAUGCCGAACACUGGUCAAAUACAGGGUCAAGCUUUCAAGUGCGAGAAAUGUCGACAAGAUUUCUCAAAUGUGUGGCUGCCCUCAAAUCCUUGCUGUCGAAUUAAGAUGCGAGAGAUUGGCCAGAAUACUGCCAUCUACACGACGCCCUAUUCCCGACAUUUAUCCUACAGUAUGAGCUCGGGAGAAAGCUGCGAUUCUAACAGAUCAUCACCGAAAUCUCGGAAGAACCGAUCCAACCAACCGAGCAUGCCACAACUUGAUCCUAGAUUCCGCUACGUCAACUCGCUGGCGCCCUUCUCGACUCUAGGCAAGCCGACGUGCGGGUUUUACUUCUCGAGAGAGACGGAUAACAAGAAACGAAGAACGGGGAUUCCGCCAUCGGAUUUGGUAGCUUGGAGGUCUCACAUCUCUUGAUAAAAGACACCAAAAGCGAGGAAAAAUUGCACUUGUGUGAAGAAAGUACCAAACGAGGUAUUUUUGAGGACUUUGACUGCGUUGCCAAUAGUAAUCUACAGAAAUUAGUGUAAACGAAAUGUCUUCGGUGUUGCAAUGUGGGACAUGGACAAUACUUUAUUAAAAAACCUUCGCACUAAAGUUGUAAAGUCAACUUACUUUAAUUUUGACACUGGAAAUUCACUUAACGCUGUUUUUUUGGUAACUUUUUGUGACAAAAGCGAUGUAAAUACAAGUAACGGUGGGAUUAAAACGCUGUGUGUACAGUGA